AUGCAGGACAAAAGUGGCAAAGCAGCAACCGGGAGCGCCGCCGGAGGAGUCAGCGCAGCCCAGAAUUCAUCACAUCUGAAUGGGCACACUGUGACUCAGAAUGGCCACCACCCAGCAACAACAUCAUCCCCUGAGUCUCAGUCUGAAUCCCGAGCCCCUAGCCCCACGGUCGUCCCACGGGAGCAGUGGGAUGGGAAGUAUGAGUUCCUGCUUUCCUGUAUUGGAUACUGCGUGGGCCUGGGCAACGUGUGGAGGUUUCCGUACCUCUGUUAUCGCAAUGGAGGAGGUGUGUUUCUCAUCCCCUACUUCAUCAUGCUCUUUGUAACGGGGGUUCCUCUCUUCCUCAUGGAGCUGAGUUUAGGCCAGUAUGGCGCCGCUGGUCCCAUCACCGUGUGGAAAUGCUGCCCUUUGCUUAAAGGUAUUGGAAUUGGGAUGUUGUGUGUGUCCACAUUAGUGUGUCUCUACUAUAACGUCAUCAUAGCGUGGACGUUUUACUACCUGGGCAGCUCUUUUCAGAGUCCCUUGCCCUGGUCAUGUGAUGCUAUCGCCAAUGCAGCCCUCUGUGGUAACGGCUCUGCCCUUGGGAAUAGCUCCCUGGAAAAACCUCGCAGCCCCACUGAGAUUUUCUGGAAUGAGAAUGUGCUGGGUGUGGUGAACAGUGAGGGCCUACAUGACCCGGGCCCGGUGCGGUGGCCCCUGGCCCUGUGCCUUCUGGCUGCCUGGUUCAUUAUCUUCCUCUGUAUGCUCAAAGGCAUCCGCAGCUCGGGCAAGGUGGUUUAUGUGACCGCCACCUUCCCAUACCUUGUCCUCAUUGUCUUGAUCAUCAGAGGGGCCACACUGGAGGGCUCACUUCAGGGCAUUGCCUUCUACCUCACACCAGACUGGAGCCGCUUGGCUAACGCACAGGUGUGGAAUGAUGCAGCCUCCCAGAUCUUUUACUCGUUAGGAAUCGGCGUUGGAGGACUGCUUUCUAUGGCGUCUUACAACAAGUUUGACAACAACGUCAUCAGGGACACAAUUAUUAUCACAGUGGGAAACUGCAGCACAAGCUUCUUUGCGGGAUUUGCUAUUUUCUCCAUCCUGGGUCACAUGUCGUGGAGGAAGGGGGUACCUGUUGGAGAGGUGGCAGAUACAGGUCCUGGGCUGGCUUUUGUUGCUUACCCAGAAGCCCUUGCUCUGCUGCCAGGCUCUGUGUUUUGGUCCAUUCUAUUUUUCCUCAUGCUGUUUAUGCUCGGGGUCGAUACACUGUUCGGCAACAUGGAGGGCAUCACUACAGCCGUGCUGGAUGAAUUUCCAAGCCUGAGGAGAAACUCGCUGCACAAGUCUUUAUUCUUAGGCACUCUGUGUUUUGUCUUCUACCUGCUGGGCCUCCUCUUAGUGACGGAUGGAGGGAUUUACUGGUUCACCCUCAUUGACUCCUUCAGCACUAGUUUUGGCCUCAUCAUCAUCACAUUGUUCAUGUGCCUUGGCAUCUCCUUCUUCUAUGGGGUCAACCAGUUCUGCCAGGACAUCAUCGAUAUGAUUCGUCACUGCCCUCUGUGGUGCAGCAAAGUGCUCAUUUACUUCAAGGCCUGUUGGGUUUUCUGCACACCUUUUCUUCUGCUAUUCAUCCUGAUCUACAUCUUCAUCGAGAUGUACAACACGCCGCUCCGCUACGGCUCAUAUGUGUAUCCGCAGUGGGGGAAAGCCUUGGGCGCGUGCAUGGGUGCCACCUGCUGUCUGCAGAUCCUCAUCUGGGCCAUCGUGGCCAUCAGCAGAGAAACUGGAACACUGAAAGACCGUUUCCAGAAAUCAAUUCGACCCCUGAAUUCCUGGAGGGUGAACCUGAGCAGCACCGAGAGAAGGGAGGAGCACGUGGAGCCAGAGAGAGUGGAGGCGCCGUUCUCCGUCACGCUUACAGACAUGGACUAUACAGGGAUGGCGUGGGAGAUGAACUCAUAAUGAUGAGCAAACUGUGCAAAGAGGAACUUAUUUUGGGACGGGCCCCAGCAAGGCUCUGGUGGCUGUUUCUGAUCAAGCUGUGUUCUGCGGGGCAGUGUAAAACAAUCCUUUUAUUUAUAUUAUGU